AAUUAAAUUAAUAAUUAAUGGUUAACUAUGAUUUCAUUUUUUUUUUUUUUUGGAAAUUAGACAAUUGCUUACCUUAGAGAAUUUAUCUUUUUAAGCAUCUCCUUUCUUUUGCAAAGUACUCAGAUUUCCAUCCGGUAAGUCUUGGCCUAAGCUCAGUACUAAAAUUCCCAUAAUCACAUGCAACCAUCCCGGGAUAAAAAAUGCAAUCCUCCAGGCGGUGAACGGAGUGGCCCCGGUUCGCCGAAUCACCUCAUAGAUCACCGGCAUGAGAAGUUGAGUUACUCCACCUCCCAUGUUGCCCCACCCUGCCGAUUAUUGGUACGAUACGAAUGUUGCCAGGGAGAAUCCGAUCAUGAAUCUAACAGCUACGUAUCCGUCGGCCGAAGAAACAAAGGGCAUGCAGAAAAACUGUUGGGGCUGAGAGCAUCAUUAGAAACGCGGUGCCAUAGCGCGGCCCCAAUAGGUCACAGGCUGCACCCAUCACUAGUCUGGAGAAGAUGCUGCCAGACACAGGCAAUUCCAGCGUUUCCGAUGUCACUCUUGGUUAGGUUGAGGUUGUCUCGGAUGAUAGGAAUGAGGGGGGCUGCGGCAAAGGUGGAGACGAAGCAGGUGAAAAAGGAGAGCCAGGAGAGGUGGAAGUUGAGCACGUGGGGUUUGGCCAAGGAGAGAAGGUUGAAGACUUUGGAUUUAUGUUCAGAGUCGACGGGGAGGGAGAAUUUGAAGGUGGAGUCGAUCGGGGGCUGCAGAGUCAGAAGUGAUGGAGAAAGCAAAGGUUUGUUCUUUGGCAGAAACUCCAAGGACGGAGCUGCCUGGAGUGGUGGUCUCUUCUUCCUUGGACAUUGCUUAAUUCAAUGUGGUAUGAUAUCAUUAGACAUUACAAUGUUGUUGAAUGUGCUUAUAUAGUAAAAAUUUAGUAAAAUACUUAGGGGUUGGUUUGAAGCAUUAUCUUUGUGGGUCUACCAUUGCACAUAUGAUGCCAAAAAAGGUAAACGGGAGACCCAAUUAUCUUAGUAAGUGGCUUGCAUUUUUUUUUUUUGGACCGUCAGCCUGUUUUGAUAAUUUGAUGCACAUUUUUUCACUUCAAGAUUAAAGGUACGCUUGAAAU